CCGGCGGCCGGAUACCGCGCCCCUCCCCGCACACGGACACGGCGCCGCCCCCCACCCCGGCAGAUUGAUCUUCUAAUGUAAACUGAUUCCCUCUCUGAAGCCUGCUAAGUACAUUGUUACAGGUCUUCUUGCUACCAGACACCAAAGAUGCUAACCAGAAAGAUUAAGCUCUGGGACAUUAAUGCCCAUAUAACCUGUCGUCUGUGCAAUGGAUACCUGAUUGAUGCUACCACUGUAACAGAAUGCUUACAUACAUUCUGUAGAAGCUGCCUGGUGAAAUAUUUGGAAGAAAACAACACCUGUCCAACAUGUAGAAUUGUUAUACAUCAGAGCCACCCUUUGCAGUAUAUUGGUCAUGACAGAACAAUGCAAGAUAUUGUUUACAAACUUGUGCCAGGCCUCCAAGAAGCGGAAAUGAAAAAGCAAAGGGAAUUUUAUCACAAACUGGGCAUGGAAGUUCCAGGAGACAUCAAAGGGGAGACAUGUUCUGCAAAGCAGCAUCUGGAUUCUCAUCGAAAUGGUGAAACUAAAACAGAUGAAAAUUCAAACAAAGAAACUUCAGAGGAAAAACAGGAAGAAGAUAAUGACUACCACCGAAGUGAUGAACAGGUAAGCAUCUGCUUGGAAUGCAACAGCAGCAAACUGCGUGGAUUAAAACGAAAAUGGAUUCGCUGCUCAGCACAAGCAACAGUCCUGCAUCUGAAGAAGUUCAUUGCCAAAAAACUAAACCUUUCUUCUUUUAAUGAGCUGGACAUAUUAUGCAAUGAAGAGAUUCUUGGCAAGGACCACACGCUCAAGUUUGUAGUUGUUACAAGAUGGAGAUUUAAGAAAGCACCUCUACUGCUACAUUACAGACCCAAAAUGGACUUGCUGUAAGAGAACUUUAUUGUCCUUCUGGACAGAGCUUUUUGCAGAGACUAUCAUCUGGCACCUUCUUAGUGCAUCACUAAUCACAUGAUAUGAAUCAGACAAAUAAUUUUGGAAGACUGUAGUGCUUUCAUAGCUGACUGUCCUGAAUAUUUCUCCUGGGGAUGUGUUAUCUGGAUUUCUGGACAGAAAAUAUUUAUACUUAUUUUAUAUCAAAGAAAUCAAAACUCAACAAGACACUACCAGCACUAGGUUUACAGAUAUUGAAAACACUUCACAGUUCCAUGUAGCUCAGCCUGACUCAUCUCUUACAGUUACACAGAAAUAAGUUAGAAUGUUGUGGGGUGAUUUUAAAAAUGUUGCUUUUGACACCAAGUUGCAUUUAGUUACUUUUCACAUUCUGAAUAUUUAAAAAUAUAUUUUUGCAAAGUGUUCUUGUCUUAUAUAGUAUGCCUGAUUGCAUUGGCUUUAAUCAAGUUCUGUAGGUCAUUGAACAUAACUAAUGAUAUAGUGACUGGUGAUAUUUAUUAUGCUGCAUUGAAAACUUUUGAAAAUCUGGGAAAACAAUGGGUUUAUUUGUUGGUUUAAUCCAGUUGUUGCUCUCUCUCAGUUUCUGUUUUAGUAAAGUUUUAAUGCCCUUUUUGCAUGGUGAUUUGGUAAGAUUAAUUGUAAUCUCUGCAGCUGAUUUUAAUGUGCCCUGAUAUUUUGCUGUGGCAUAUAUUGCACCACAUAAUGAUAAAUACUCAAAAGUGCUAGAUUUAUGAACUUUAAAUAUAUAUAUAUAUAUAAACAUUUCUUAUGUAGCUAUGGCUUGCAGAAAUCAGUUUUUACUGUAAAGAGAAUUUAUUCUCUCUGGCUAAUGAAACACUGGCUCUUGGACAACAUUGGGUGAUACUGCACAAUUUUCACUGAUUAAAAUUCCUUAGAGAAGUAGAAGCAGCUUUAUAUUUUAGUAACAGCUUCGUAUUUUCUUUACCUAUUUUUUCUGAAACUGUUCUGUUUUCUUUAGCACAAUUACUUACUGUUUUGGGGGGUCAGACAAGAUUAUUUUCACACCUCUGGCCUUAAUUGAUAACAGUACUUGCAUCAGCCCUAGCAAAUGCAAGGUAACAUAAAUGCCAUGUAUGUGUGUACAUAUAUAUAUACACACAUAUGACUGUUUGUGUUAUGGAAUGCACCCUCAAUAGCACUUAGCAGUGUUCACUGCGUUGUAAGGCUUUUUGAAAUUGUCACCUUUUUAAAAACAGAGUUGAAAGUGAUUUCUGCAAGCUGUAUAUUGUAUAGCACAUAUAGGACAAGAGCAUUUGGCUGCCAGCGUGUUGAGUUAUCUAGAACUCCAAACAUACUAUUAACAUCUGGAAACAGUUAACCUUCUAACUUUUGGAAGGGUUUUCCAAUCAGCUGAAAAUGCUAGCUGCUAUACAUAUAAUUUUUUAUAAACUGCCUUUGGAUAAGAAAGUAAGCUUGCUUGUAACUGCCCUGCUUUGUCUGUCUGUGCUUAUUCCUCUCUUCAGCAAGAAAGUAUAAUUUAUUACUGAUAACAGGAAGCUGAUUGUGAAAGAGGUUUAUCUCAGCAUUUGAAGUCAUCUUCUCAAGCUUUCAAAGCACCACAUUCCUUAGCAUACCUCCUGCACUUUUAUUCUUUGGAGUUUUCAGCCCUCCUUUGUUAGCUGUGCUGCUGCAGAAGGGAUGCUCCAUUUUCUGUUUAUCUUUCCAAAGAUAAAAUAUCUUUCUCGUUUUUAUUUAUAGUCACAGAUGUGAAUGGGAAGUAAAUCAGAAGAUACGCAGGCAGAGAAAGAAAGGGAGCCUACUGAAAUAUGGGGAUGUAAAGGAGGUGCAAAUGCUAAAAAAGGCUGCAAAUGUGAGGGCAAGAUGAUAGGUAGACUGAAUGCUUGCAUUAGGCGGAACUCCAUAUCCAGGCCUUUGGUGUGAGCAUGCAUGCUCCUACAAGCAAUGAACUUGGCUCCAAUUUUGUUCUGCCGUUUCCAGCUCAAAUCUAUUUCAGCUUUUACCUUUGGUUAACACGAAUUAGCAGAUGAGAUCAUGAGCCUAUCUUUUUACAGUCUUUAAUGUAAAAAACUGAAAGCAGGUGUUACAAAUGCAUAUGCAGAUUGACAUACUGAGCCCUUCUGGAGCUGUUCAUGCUGUUGAUGUUCCCUUGUAAAUAAGGGACUGGCUGUAGCUAGCGAGAAACUGAGAGUACAAACAGGGCUAUAGAUGGGCCACUCUCUGCGCCUGAUGCAGACACAGAAUUAAAGCUCACAGAGAGUAUGUUGAUUAAGGUGGCUUUUGUAUGUGUACGUGUGUGGGUAUAUACACACUAACCCACACUCUAUGUAUACACAUGCUUCCUGAGAGAAAUCUGCCUACCUUGGAAGAGUGUACUGCAGAAAGCUUUUGUACAUCUAGACUCUGAAGCAGUGCUUAUAAAGCGUGCUAGGAUUUUAGCACUUUCCACUGCAGUUGGAACAGUACUAAUUUGUACUCAGUUGUACAGCUGAGAACUCAGCUGCAAAAAAGCAAAUUCAGAAGCCUUUCAAGUCUUUCUCUUGGUAUAAUAAUCUGCAGUUCAAAAUGUAUAUUUGGAAGUUUGUAGCUCUAUUUAGAAUUACUUGAAUAUAUAAUGGUGCUACCAGUACUUUGAAAAUUCUGUUGAUAACUAUAUAGAUAGGUAAAUUCAAGGCAGUAUUAAUACCUAUAAAUGCUUUUUUUGUUUGUUUUGUUUUGGUUUGUUUGUUUUCUCAUUUGUGUGCAACUGCUUUUGCAAUGUCUUUAAUUUGAUAAAGCCUCUUCAGUAAAAAGAAAAGGAAAAAUAUAAGAGAAAUCCCAGUUAUUUUUCUAAAUCAUAUGCCAUAGCAUCAUUGCUAUGGAUAUUCUUUCCCUCAGGAGGGGUUGGGAUUGUGUCUGGACCACAUAUUUAUUUACUCUAGCCUUACUAGAAGACGACAAUGCAAUUGAAUUGAACUGAGAGGGAGGCCUCCUUUGGGUCAGAGCUCUGUUUCACUUCUGCGAAGCUUAAGAGACAGUUAAUUUAUAUCAAGAUUAUAUAGGAACUGGGGUUCUGUUCAAACCUGAACGGAAAGUUGGACUCAGCAUAGAUAUCUCUGUGUCCUAGUGAGAUCAUACUCAGUUUAUUUUGGAUUAUUUUGGAUCAAGAUGGCACUACUGUGAAGUAGUUUUCACAAUUGCUUACGCUGGUAAAUAAUUGCAGUAAAGAAGUAUCUUGUUAUGUUACCCUCAGCAGCAAUGAGACUGAUGAAUCACCCAUGCUCAGAGUCUCAUUAAAUAUAGUUUCAUUAAAAACAGAGAAUUCAGAUAGAAUAUAUGAUAUUAAAUUUAAAUAAGAUUUGGGAUGUUAAAAGUUAACUCUAUAAAAUUAUUUAUUCUAUUUUAAGCCUUCUGUCUUAUUUUGCCGUCCAAGUAUUUUUGGUUUCAAUGGUCCAACCUUAUGUACGGGCAUAUAAAAUGAAAUUGUAAGAUGUUUUUACAAGCUUCUUCCUUUUACAUUGAGUUUAAUUAGCUUUUGUUUGUAUGUUUUUGUUUUGUGUGGAUAAAGAACAUUACUUAUGUUUUUGUGCAAUAGGUUUGAAACAUGCAUUUAUUAGGCAUAUGCUUAAAUUGUAAAUGUAUCAUCUACUUACCGUUAAAAAGGAGUGUAGAUGGAAUUUUUGAUUUGUUCAGACGGGGUUUUGUUUGGGACUGUUGUCUGGGAAGGUUGUUUUUUGAUUUGUUCUUUAUUUUAUUUUAAGAGUGAAGUGCGGGAUUUAAAUUUGUCUGAGUACAAGAACUGUCUGUCAGCAAUAUUCUAAAAUAAAUGAUCUUGCAAGAAAUCUUAAUGUGAACUGUGGAAGCAAUCGGCAAGACUUGCAGCCUAUCUGAAAAUGUUUUGUGCCAUUGUUAUGUCUGGUAUCUUUGUGUACCAUCAAAUCUGAAAAUAUUUAUUUAUUUUUUUUGGUCGUGCAAUAGUGUACACAACACUAUAAUCUCUGGGGAUAUGGGACCAUACAAAAUAUCAGACUACAACUAUGAUGGUGCUGUUUUUUCCAAUAGGCUAUGAGCCUUUGAAAGCUUAUCUGGCUCUUUUGUCUUCAUAACAACAUAAUUAGUUGUAGGAGAUGGAUUUAUUUUUAUUUUUUUCUGACUGGAUGGUAAAUGUAACCAUACAACUAGCCUGCUUUACAGCACGAAGCAUCUUACCAUUGAGCUAAAUACAGUAGGAAAAAGCCAACCAGUCUGUACAUCAGCAGGUAAAUAUUAGUAAGCUUGUAGUCUCAACUAUACUUAAGAUGCAUUUUGUUCAGAAGGCUGGACUGUACAGAAAAAUCUAGUUUCUCUACUUCCUCAGGUGAUAACUUCAGUUUGGAUAUUUCACUGGAGAUGCUAAUGUUUCAGUUCCUUUGCAUAAAGUUUUGAUAAGAGGAGAAAAAAAAUGUCCUGUACACCAGAAUCUGUGCGUAAGAUGUAAUUAACUGUAACUGAGAGGUCUUGGCAUCUGUUGCUGAAGUAAAAACCUGUAGAGAGAACAUUAAGGAAGAUGGGAACAAUACUUCAAUCUCUGCUUUCAUGAAAAUUUGCGAUCAGUACAAACACUUUCUAGAAACUUGCUUUCUGUGGCAAGCUAACAGUAGUACUUUACCAUGAAUUUAUGAUUUAUUUGUAUACAAAAUAAAGCUCCAGUCUUGCUAUUUGAUCUGUGUUUCAUCUGUGGAGCUUCCUGAAUAUCUUUCAAAGCCACAGUGGCCUACCCAGUUGAGUGGUAAGAAGGUGGGAAGUAAAUGUCCAAUUUCAUGAGUGCUUCUAUUGCUAACUUUGCAAAUAGCCUGAAUGAUUCUGCAGAAACCAGAGGGUUCGUUCAGGUGAUGGUAGCUGUGGCUGGAGGAUGGAGUCUUGAUUUUUAAAGGCUGGAAUGAUGUUCCAGUAUUAUUAAUUUUUAUUUGAAACUGAAAACACAGGUUUACUAGAACCUUAAAUUCCAAGUUACUUAUUCAAAGAAAGGAGAAUUUGUUCUUUCCUUCUGCAAAAAGAUUAUUUUACAGUUGAGGGACAAUAAGCCAGUGCAACCACUAAGCCUUUAUUCUCUCAUGUGGCAUAAUAAAGAUAUUGAAACUGUCACAGUGUAAAACCAUAUUUUUGGCUUAGCUUCAUUUGAAAGUUUACAAUUUUUUAUGCUUUGUGUUGCUGUGUAAUUUUUGUACUAUUGGUGGCUAGUUUUGUCUGAAUAAGCCUUUUUGGAUUAUUGCUUAAUGUUUUGAUUUUAUGAUAGUGAAGCUUGUAUUCAGUGUUUUGCCAAUUAAUAUUAUAUGCUUGUUAAUAAAAGCAGAGAAACUAACUGAAAUCCUGUCAAGCUGGAAGUUAUUGUCCCAUUUUUUCCUUCGGGAAUAUAAGGAGCUAGUCAGCCUAAUAUCAUGGCACUGACCAACCCAGCAUGACUGAAACAAUAAAAUAAUUUUGUGGCAUGACAUGGUCACAAUCAAUAUGUCUAUAACCCAUUUUACUCAAAACAGACAAAAGCAUGGCCUGAAGUAUUACCCCACUGCUCAGAGCAGUGAUGUGCCUGUGACAAACAUAUGGCAUAUAACUGCCAGCUAGGAAAUGAAAUGGCUUCAGCUGCAUGCAGGAAAAACAUAGUUACCCUGAUGUCUAUAUGUAUUUGUAGAUAGAAAUGUACUUAUGAGAACUGUGUGUUGCUUUCAGUCUGACUUUGCCUGGUGAUGCUGAUGCACAAGGGCAGACUGCAGCAUUCUAGAUGAAAGAUUUGACGUGACUUAGCGUCACAUGUCAAAUUACAAAGAAUAUCCAUGCAUAUUUGAUUUUAAUUUGGGGACUGUCAUACUUGUGUCACCUCUUUGUGAGCUGCUAGGAAGAAAGUUCUCUUGCUUAUAGGAAAUUUACUAUGACCCAAAUAUGCUUUGCCUUUGGAAAAAAUGAUCUGUUGUGGUAUUUGGCAAAUAUUGGUGCUUGCCAUCUUGGUAAAUUCAUGUACUUCCCCCCCAUACUUCUCCCCCCUCCCAAGGUCCUUGAGACUUAUUUAAAUUCCUGAACAGAGCAUAGAUGCAGAGUUUUGUUUUUUAGCUGAAAUUAAUUAAAAUACCUAGUCCAGAUACUACAUUAAAUGGGAAAGCAUUAGUUGAAUUCCUUGCAGAAUCUCUUUGCAGUAAUGCAAAUACAUAGCAUGUGUACUGCUGUCUAUAUACUGAGAGAACUAUUAAGCUUUCUUUUUUUUUUUUUUUCUAUUGGCUUGUAUGCAAUUGCCAGCAACUGUGGGCUGGUUUGAAGUCAGAGGUUCUGACACAUAGCUCAUACUUGCACUGAUAGUACCAAUAUAUAAUUGCCCUGAGGAGAUCAGCCAUUUGCCACCGCUUUAGCUUCAUGUAAACACCCUCGUGAGACACUCACCUUAAAAGGGUCUCUUUGCCUAUAUGUAGUCACUUAAAAGUAGGUAAGUGUUAGCACUAAUUCUUCCUGAGCAAGUGUUACUUCUUGUAAAUCCUCCAUGGUCUCAUUUUCUGUGAUUCUAACACUUCCCUGUACUUCAUGCUCUUGGUUGCUCUCAUCUAUCACUGAACGAACCUGUGAUGGCCCUGGUUUAGCCUGCUUCUGCCCUUCUUACAUUUUCAGCAGCUAUUCCAGGAGUGCAGAGAUUAUGUGCUAGAACAGAGGGCUUCUAUUUCAUGCCAGUGUGAUUACAGAUUUUCUGAUCCCUGUAUACACUGGAGUAGCUAGGAAAAGAAAACCUCUGCUUCUCUUACACAAGCAAAAGUUUAUAGCAACGUAACACUGCACACAAGUUGUGGUCUCUUUCUUUGGCAUCUAUGUCAUGGAGAAAUUGCUCAGGUUUACAUGGGGAUUAACUUAACGUGUAUACCUCACUUAAGGAAUGAUUAAAGCAAUGCCAUCAGCAUCUGUUGUACAUGUGACUUUUGAAAUACUUGUUGCAAAAAUUGUUUUAGAAGUCAAUGUUUCAUAUUGUUCCAUGUAAAAUAUACUUGUAGUAAUUCAAAAUGUUCUCUGGCUUUGGUUUGGACAUUAAAAAAAAAUAAAUUAUUUGACUUUUAA